AUUCAAAGCAGACAUGAUGCCUCUUAUAUCUUGAGAUUGCAUCCAACAUUUUGAAUGGGCACUUUCCCUUUAAGAGGCAUUUGUGCUCCGGUGGCGAUUUGGCAAAAUAAAACCCUGCACUUGCCCUUGUCGUCCUUUUAAGGCAUGGCCAUCACUGGUUUCCAUGGGGUUUGCUGGAUCAGAUGGUUGCUUUUGUAUCAGUAGCAGCAGCUGUAGCAGCAGCAGCAGCGCUCCUGGCUCCGUCCCCUCUCGCUCCUGGGCCAAUCUGCUCCAAGCCUGUGGGACAAUAAACAAGCUCCACUCCCCAGGUGGUCUACGGUAGGGGCACGAUGCUGGCGAGGAAGGGCGUCUUGGCGGAGAAGUACCUGCUGACCAGGCUAGUGGAGGACAACCUGUCGCAGCCGUGCUACCGGGCCAAGGCUAGCAGGGCCCGCUUCGUCACCAAGAAGGGCAGGUGCAACGUGGCCCACAAGAACAUCCGCGAACAGGGCCGCUUCCUGCAGGACAUCUUUACCACCCUGGUGGACCUCAAGUGGCCUUACACGCUGGUCAUCUUCACCAUGUCCUUCCUGUGCAGCUGGAUGGUAUUCGCCAUGCUGUGGUGGUUGAUCGCCUUCGCCCACGGUGACCUGGACGCCGGGCGGGUCGGGGCGGUGCCGUGCAUCACCAGCAUCACCAGCUUCACCUCGGCCUUCCUCUUCUCCAUCGAGGUGCAGGUCACCAUCGGUUUUGGCGGGCGAAUGGUGACGGAGGAGUGCCCGGCGGCCAUCGUCGCCCUGAUCGUCCAGAACAUCACGGGGCUGAUCGUCAACGCCGUCAUGCUGGGCUGCAUCUUCAUGAAGACGGCCCAGGCCAACCGUCGGGCGGAGACCAUCAUCUUCAGCCGCCAUGCGGUGGUUGCCCUGCGCGACGGCCUACCCCGCCUCAUGUUCCGCCUGGGCGACCUGCGCAAGAGCAUGAUCAUCAGCGCCACCAUCCGCAUGCAGCUGGUGAAGAAGACCACCACCCGGGAGGGCGAGGUGGUCCCCAUCUCGCAGAUCGAGGUGCAGGUGGAGAACCCGGUGCGCACCAACGCCAUCUUCCUGGUGUCGCCGCUCAUCAUCAGCCACACCAUCGACCGCCGCAGCCCGCUCUACGCCGUCUCCAAGGCGGACCUCCAGCAGGGCGACCUGGAGCUGGUGGUCCUGCUGGAGGGAGUGGUGGAGACCACCGGCAUCACCACCCAGGCCCGCACGUCCUACCUGCCCGACGAGAUCCUGUGGGGCCACCGCUUCGUCCCCAUCGUGACGGAGGAGGAGGGCCGGUACUCGGUCGACUACUCCAAGUUCGGCAACACGGUGAAGACCAACAUGCCGCCGCACAGCGCCGAGGAGCAGGAGAGGGGCCGGGACCAAAGCAGCAACGGGCCUAGGCCUCUGGCGGGCGCUCUGCGCAAACGUAGCUCCUCCAAGCCCGGCAACCCAUCGGGCAUAAAGCCGGCCGUGCACUUCCAGUCGCUAGACUCCCUCUCGGAUCUAUGAUCCAGGUAGAGCUGCUGCCUCACAGCGCCAGGGACCCGGGUUCGAUCCCGACCACGGGUGCUGUCUGUACAGGGUUUGUUCGUUCUCCCCGUGAGUUUAGCCCUGGCCCUCCGGUUGCCUCCCAUGCUCCAAACUCUACCGUGUCGCCAUUGAUGAGCACAAGCAGUAGCGGACUGGCCAGGGUGUCAGCUUGCCCGAUGGCAAGUGGGCCCCUGUUAAAUGAUAGCAUUGUAGUUGUGCGUGGGCCCCCUUUGUCCCCUGGCAACCAAUAUUUUUAGACCCAGUCCGCCACUGAGCACAAGGUUCAUAAAGCACAGCCAUGUGCCCCUGUCCCA